CCAUCCGCCUUCGCCACGUUACUCCUCUCCUGUCAUCUGCAGCUUUGGGGUUUUUUCUUAAAUAGCGCGUCAGUCCCGUUGCCUCUUCCCAGUUUUUGUGAACUGCCGUGGAAGCCAGGCGUUCUUACUUCAGCAAUCGCAAUCAAGACUUCAAUAAGAUGACUCAUCAGUACCCGUCACUCUCUCCAGAGCAGAAGAAGGAGCUCUCCACCAUUGCCCAGCGCAUAGUUGCUCCUGGAAAGGGCAUCCUUGCAGCAGAUGAGUCUGUUGGUACUAUGGGGAAGCGCCUUCAGAAGAUAAACGUGGAGAAUAACGAAGAGAACCGCCGCUUCUUCCGCGACCUGCUCUUUUCUGUCGAUUCCUCCAUUGCCAACAGCAUAGGCGGAGUCAUCUUCUUCCAUGAAACCCUGUACCAGAAGUCUGACAAGGGAGUUCUGUUCCCUAAGCUCAUUAAGGAGAAGGGCAUCGUGGUGGGCAUCAAGGUGGACAAAGGAACAGCCGGUCUGAACGGGACAGACGGGGAAACAACAACACAAGGGCUCGAUGGUCUGGCGGAGCGCUGUGCCCAGUACAAGAAAGACGGCUGUGACUUUGCCAAGUGGCGGUGCGUGCUGAAGAUCUCUGACGGCUGCCCGUCGGCCCUUGCGAUCGCUGAGAAUGCCAACGUACUCGCUAGAUAUGCCAGCAUCUGUCAGCAGAAUGGCUUGGUUCCUAUUGUGGAGCCUGAGAUCUUGCCGGAUGGAGACCAUGACUUGAAGCGGUGUCAGUAUGUGACUGAGAAGGUGCUGGCGGCCGUGUACAAGGCCCUCUCCGACCAUCAUGUCUACCUGGAAGGCACCCUGCUGAAGCCUAACAUGGUCACUGCAGGGCAUUCGUGUCCUAAGAAGUUCAGCCCUGAAGAGGUCGCCAUGGCGACAGUUUCAGCCCUGAGGCGUACAGUGCCCGCCUCAGUGCCUGGUAUUUGCUUCCUGUCCGGAGGCCAGAGUGAAGAGGAGGCCUCUCUCAACCUUAAUGCAAUAAAUCAAACGCCCCUCCACCGACCCUGGAAACUGACAUUUUCCUACGGCCGUGCCCUGCAGGCUUCUGCCCUAUCUGCCUGGAAAGGCAAGCAAGAAAACAAGCAGGCUGCACAAAAUGCCUUUUGCACACGAGCCAAGAUUAAUGGCCUAGCAUCAAGGGGAGAAUACAAGCCUGCAGGUGAAGCUAACCAGGCCGCCACCCAAUCUCUCUUCACAGCCAGCUAUGUGUAUUAGAAUGCGAAUCCUUGGUGGAUUAUCCAGCAAACAGCACCCCAGACCAGCGACAGAAGCAAUCUCAUAAGUGAAUUAAAAACUGCCGUUCUACAGAUGAAA